AUGAUAUAAAGCUAACCUUAACAAUCUUAAUUCUAGAAGAGAAUGUAAAAAAUUAAAGGGUUUCUAAAUUCCGAAUGUAAUUUUUCUCCUGUCGAGGAAACCAAUGAAAGGAAAACUAAAACUCCACUUUUAACUCAAUAACAAUAAUAAAGUUCUGACUUAAGCGAUCAUGACACACAUUAUAACAAUGUUGAAAAUAAUCAAAUUGGAUUGAAGAAUAAUUGCUUUUUAGAUGAAUACACCUUAGGAGAGAAAUUAGGAGAAGGAACAAAUGGUAUUGUGUGGUUGUGUUGGUCUAAAUUAGAUGAUUAAGUAAAAUAUGCAGUAAAAGUUAUACCAACGGAUGAUGAGGAGAUAAUUAGUAUGGUGAAAUAGGCCUUUAUCAAUUCACAAUUACUAAAAAGCCCGUUUAUAGCAAAAUGUUAUAAAUUGUUCAUUGAAUAAACUAAGUUAUAUUUGUUAAUGGAAUGGGUGCCAUGUUCUAAUUUGGAGACUCUUUUAAAAGAGAAUCAAAGAUUAAAAGAAAAAUAAGUGUAACAGAUAGCAUUGACUUUAUUGAAGGCAGUGAAAUGUUUGCAUAAAGCAGGAGUCUGUCAUCGAGAUAUAAAACCAGAUAAUAUUUAAGUUUUUAUGUAAGUGAUAAUCUUUUUCUACUUAGGGACUACAAGAUCAAGUUGAUUGAUUUUGGGGUUUCAAGAAGAUUUGUUACCAUAAAUUAAAAUACAUUAAGGUACAAUCGAAAUAAAAUGAUGACAAUUACUGGGAACAUCCAUUAUCGAGCACCAGAAAUCUAUAGAGAUUAUGGAUAUGAUUCUCAAGUUGACUUAUGGGCAAUAGGAGUAGUGAUAUAUUAAUGUCUUACUGGAAUAUUACCAUAUUCUUCUGAAUGUACUGGAGAUUUAAUUGAAACUCUAUCCUAAAGGUAUUUUCUUUUAGUCUGAUAUAGAGAACCAUAAUUAGAUCCAUUUCAUAAAUAAGCUUUUUUAGAAUUGCCAACUAGUUGUAGAGAUUUCAUAAAGAGACUUAUGAUGUGGAAUCCAUUAAAAAGAUUAAAUGCUUCAGGUAUCUACAUAUUUUAACUUAGAGGCAUUGAGGCACAUUUGGAUACCAUCCUUUACAUUUCCAAACUAGAUUAAAAUUGUUAAAGAUGAUAUUGAUGUAAGUAAAAGUAGCCAAAAUAGUGAUCUAUACAACAAAACAUUGAUAAAUUCUGCAAUGAUGCUUAAUUAAGAAUUAGCAAACACUCUUUUAAAGAGUAGAAGAUUUGAUGCAAUUUAAGAAGAGGAUACUCCAAAGGAUUUAAAUAAAAGUUUAGAAGUUUCAAUAAAUGGUUGUAGCAAUAAUUAAGAUAGUUUAAAAUAGAGAUUAGAAUAAUUUAAAUUAUAAGCUUCAACUUAGAUUCAUUAAAGAAUUGGUGGUAAGAAAGAAACCAUCAAGUAUAUCAAUACUAUAACUAUAUUUGAAAGUGAAAAGAGUAUCAAUGAAUUUAAUCCAAGAAUGGAGACUUCUAUAGAUGUUAGAAGUUUACAUAUAUAAACAUGUAAGAAUGUUAAAGAUUUAUUUGGAUUAAAUUUAUGUGAAAGUUAAGUUUCCUUAACAUAGAUUGAAGAUAUACCUGAAAAUGAUAAUUAAUAGCUUUAUAGUAAAUAGAUUGAUGCUGAUCUUUUGCAAUAGCUUACCUAAUUUGAAUAAUGA